UCCGCCUGUUACCAUCUAGCAGAUAUAAAUAUUCGAUUCUACCGCAGGGGUAGAAACACACCGCGUGUAUAGAUCACUCGCAAAGACUUCAGUGGGAGAGAUUCGUGGUAUUUUAAACAAUUAAUUGCACAAAUUCGGAAAAGAUUCACAGUUCGCCAGCCAAUCCGAAUCGAGAAUUUUAUGUAGGUGAUAUUAUCUUUAAAUUUCAUAUCAAUCUUCUUUUCAUCCAUUUUCAGAUUUGACAUUUCAUACAUUAAAAGAAAGCGGAAAGGAGUUUCUUGUGGACUCACUUGGUUUUAAAUAUGGAGUACAUAGAAAAACUCAGACAACAACACACUGGAGAUGCACGUCAAGAUCGAAACACAAUCCGUGUAAUGUAAGAAUGACACAACGAGGGGAAGAAUAUAGUAUGCCGGGAUGUAGCAUUCAUAACCACCCUGCAUCCAUUAAUGUCGAUCAGAAUACAGCUUUGCAAGAGGCAAGAUGCAAAAAGAUCGGUGAACUCAAAACAAAAAUGGUAGAAAAAGAGGAAAAAGUAAAAUCGUUAGAAGAGGAGUUUAUUCACAGAUUCGAAGAAUUAAAGAAUUAAUGACAAGACAUAACAAAGAAAUACGUUUGAGAAAAAAAUACUUAAACGAACUUUUAGAUUUGAAAGGAAACAUAAGAGUUUUGUGCAGAGUAAGGCCUCUCAUUCGCGAGGAUGGCGACUCAACUCAAAUCGUCUCCUUCGAUCCCAGUGAUGACGGGCGACUAAGUCUUUUUUCGAAGGGGUCUCUAAACACUUAUGAAGUUGAUAAAGUUUUCAGGCCCGAAUCUACACAAGAACAGGUUUUCGAUGAAGUGAAGCCAUUGAUCAUGGCAUGCAUUGAUGGCUACAAUAUAUGCAUAUUUGCAUACGGCCAAACAGGAGCCGGUAAAACAUUCACUAUGGAAGGAACACCACGAGACCCUGGUAUAAACAAAAGAUCCGUAAAAUUCUUGUUUGAUGAAACCAGUUGGCGCAGUGACUGGCUGUACACUAUCAGUGUCAGUACACUGGAAAUCUACAAUGAAAAGCUACACGAUCAGCUGACUGGAGAUGACGCCAAGCUUGAUAUUAAGCAGGGUAGAGAAGGAAUGUACGUGCCUGGUCUUACGGAGGUUUCGGUGUCCAACAUCGAAGAUUUGAAUGACGUAUGUUUUCAUUUAAAGUGUUGAAUAUAAGUAUUAAUAGUUUAAAUAACGUCCUCUGUCUCUCGAUUCUAUUAGUCCUUGUCUUUACUUAUACUUGCUUACACUUGUGAUGUUUUCUCUUGCUCAGUCUCUCUGCAGUUUUCAUUCUUCGCUAAAAUCCUCCUGUUAUGAUAUUAUUUCUAAAUGAUAUUCAUUUCUAUCUUCGUCCACUCCAACGAUCGCUCCUACCUUCCUUGUAUACUUGUUGAUUUUCACUUAGUCUCUCUUCCUUUUGGAUGCAAAUG